GGAGGAGGAGAAGGAAGGGGGGAGCGGGGGUGUCAUGCCGAGAGCGCGCCUCGCAGCCCGGCAGGCCGCGGCCCGACCCGCAGCCCCGGGCACAGCCCGCAGCCCGCCCCCACCGUCAGCGCCCCGCGAUCCACUCCCCGGCCCGAGGGACGGAGAGGGCAGCCCCCGCCGGCUGCGAGGGGAGGGAGAGGGAAGGUUUGGUGGAGGGAGCGGGGAUUAGGAGUUAUCCCCAAAGAGCCUUUCCCUGCUCCGAGCCAGAGGGCAGCGCUCGGGAGAGGGGUCGGCGGCGGCGGGCGCUCCGCAACAUCCGCACAACUCGGAGAGCGGCGGGACGAACAACUUUUCCGACACGUAUUAGUUCAAGGAGAGCUGAAGUAAUGAGAAGUCACCAUGGAGGCGCAGUCCCAUAGCUCUACCACGACAGAGAAGAAAAAGGUGGAGAAUUCCAUUGUGAAAUGCUCCAGUCGAACAGAUGUCAGUGAGAAAGCUGUUGCCUCCAGCACAACUUCCAAUGAGGAUGAAAGUCCUGGACAGACCUAUCACAGAGAGAGAAGGAACGCAAUCACAAUGCAGCCACAAGGUGGGCAAGGCCUCAGCAAGAUCAGUGAGGAGCCUUCAACAUCUAGCGAGGAAAGGGCCUCAUUAAUAAAGAAAGAGAUCCAUGGAUCUAUAUCGCACCUUCCUGAACCUUCUGUACCUUAUCGUGGGACAUUGUUUACUAUGGACCCCAGAAAUGGUUACAUGGAUCCUCAUUACCAUCCACCUCACCUCUUUCCAGCGUUCCACCCUCCUGUACCAAUUGAUGCGCGACAUCACGAGGGACGCUACCAUUAUGAACCAUCUCCCAUUCCUCCUCUGCAUGUGCCUUCUGCCUUAUCUAGUAGCCCAACAUAUUCAGAUCUUCCUUUCAUUAGAAUUUCCCCACACAGAAAUUCUGCUGCAGCAUCAGAGUCUCCCUUCAGCACUCCUCACCCGUACAUUAACCCAUACAUGGACUAUAUCCGCUCCCUGCACAGCAGCCCAUCCCUGUCCAUGAUCUCAGCAGCCCGUGGACUCAGCCCAACAGACGCUCCACAUGCUGGCGUCAGUCCAGCUGAAUAUUAUCAUCAGAUGGCUCUGUUGGCAGGCCAGCGCAGCCCUUACGCAGACAUCAUUCCUUCAGCUGCCACAGCUGGAGCUGGUGCUCUUCAUAUGGAAUAUCUUCAUGCCAUGGACAGCACCAGGUUUCCGAGUCCAAGAUUAUCAGCUAGACCAAGCCGAAAGCGUACGUUGUCUAUAUCCCCCCUAUCUGAUCACAGCUUUGACCUUCAGACCAUGAUACGGACAUCUCCAAAUUCCUUGGUCACAAUUCUCAAUAAUUCUCGUAGCAGUUCCUCAGCCAGUGGUUCCUAUGGCCACUUGUCUGCAAGCGCAAUAAGCCCUGCUCUGAGUUUCACAUACCCUCCUACACCGGUAUCCCUCCAGCAAAUGCAUCAGCAAAUUAUAAGUCGUCAGCAAACCCUGGGUUCUGCCUUUGGACACAGCCCUCCUCUCAUCCAUCCUGCUCCAACUUUUCCUACCCAGAGACCCAUCCCUGGCAUCCCCAGUGUCCUGAACCCUGUCCAGGUCAGCUCUGGACCUUCUGAGUCCACACAGCAGAACAAACCCACAAGUGAGUCUGCAGUGAGCAGCACUGGGGAUCCAAUGCACAACAAGCGCUCCAAGAUAAAGCCCGAUGAGGACCUCCCCAGCCCGGGUGCAGGAAGCGUGCAGGAACAGCCAGAAGGUAUGACCCUUGUAAAGGAGGAAGGGGACAAAGAUGAAAACAAACAGGAGCCUGAAGUGGUCUACGAGACGAACUGCCAUUGGGAAGGCUGUUCCCGGGAGUUUGACACACAGGAACAGCUAGUGCAUCAUAUAAAUAAUGACCACAUACAUGGUGAGAAGAAAGAGUUUGUGUGCCGAUGGCUGGACUGUUCCCGGGAGCAGAAACCCUUCAAAGCCCAGUAUAUGCUGGUGGUGCACAUGAGGAGACAUACAGGGGAAAAGCCACACAAAUGCACUUUUGAAGGUUGUACAAAGGCCUACUCCAGACUAGAAAACUUGAAAACGCACUUGAGAUCUCACACUGGGGAGAAACCAUAUGUGUGUGAACAUGAGGGCUGCAACAAAGCUUUCUCCAAUGCGUCUGACAGGGCCAAGCACCAAAACAGGACUCAUUCAAAUGAGAAACCGUAUGUUUGCAAGAUCCCAGGCUGCACAAAGCGCUACACAGAUCCUAGUUCUCUCCGGAAACAUGUGAAGACCGUGCAUGGCCCAGAAGCACACGUCACCAAGAAGCAGCGAGGAGACAUCCACCCAAGGCCUCCACCACCCAGAGACCCAGGCAGCCACUCUCAGACACGAUCGCCAGGCCAGCAGACUCAGGGUGCGACUGGGGAGCAGAAGGACCUCAAUAACACUACCUCAAGGCGUGAAGAAUGCCUCCAAGUGAAAGCAGUCAAGUCAGAGAAACCAAUGACAUCUCAGCCAAGCCCUGGUGGUCAGUCUACAUGCAGCAACGAACAGUCCCCCAUCAGCAACUAUUCCAACAAUGGGAUCGAGCUUACUCUGACUGGUGGCAGUAGUGUAGGAGACCUCAGUGUCAUCGAUGAAACCCCAAUCAUGGACUCUACCAUUUCCACAGCCACCACAGCACUUGGCUUACAGGCCAGGAGGAAUAUGACAGGGACCAAAUGGAUGGAGCAAGUGAAAUUAGAAAGGUUGAAACAAGUUAAUGGAAUGCUUCCAAGACUGAACCCCGUUCCACCUUCCAAAGCCCCCACCUUGCCGCCUCUCAUAGGAAAUGGUACCAAGUCAAACAGCAGCUGCAAUGUAGGAGGAUCCAUGACUAUUCUGCCAAACAGGAACGAACUUUCAAGUACAGACAUCACUGUGUUGAACGUGCUAAACAGGAGGGACAGCAAUACAAGCACAAUCAGUUCAGCCUACUUGAGCAGCCGCAGGUCUUCCGGAAUCUCACCUUGCUUCUCCAGCCGGAGGUCCAGUGAUGCCUCUCAGGCUGAGGGAAGACCACAAAAUGUGAGCGUUGCGGACUCCUAUGACCCCAUUUCAACAGAUGCUUCUCGGCGCUCCAGUGAAGCAAGCCAAUGUGAUGACCUGCCGAGUCUUCUCAGCCUCACCCCAGCCCAGCAAUACAGGCUGAAAGCUAAAUAUGCAGCAGCUACUGGUGGACCCCCACCAACUCCACUGCCUAAUAUGGAGAGGAUGAGCCUUAAAACAAGGAUGGCACUCUUGGGUGACUGCAGGGAGUCUGGAGUAUCUCCACUGCCUCCAGUGAAUGCCCCUCGAAGAAGUAGUGAUGGUGGGGCAAAUGGUUACAGCAGGAGGCAUCUUCUAUCUCAUGAUGCUCUAGGAAAUGGGACCAGGAGAGCCAGCGAUCCGGUAAGAAUGGUCUCCGAUAGCCAGUCUGUUCCUAGAGUCCAACAUUUCAACAGUCUUAAUAGCUUUAACUCUCCUGCUUUGCCUCCAUCCAUGGAAAAACGCAACCGUGUUCUUCAGAACUGUACCCGUUCUGAGGGUGGCCUUUUCCGUGGCUUCAGUUCCCCCUGUCCUCCAAGCAUCAGUGAGAAUGUCACCCUGGAGGCUGCUGUGAUGGAAGCAGGUGGCAGUUUGAAUGAUGAGGAUCUCCUGCCAGAUGAUGUGGUUCAGUACCUGAAUUCGCAGAACCAGGGCAUGUACGACCACUUGUUGAACAAUGUCCUAGACAGCAACAAAAUGCAACACAGUGUGGUUUUAGGAAACAACAAUCCUAGCAGCUUUGACCGAGCCCCUCCAGCAAGCAGUCAGCCUGCAGGCUCAGAGGCAAGCAAGAGCGACUUACCCAUUCAGUGGAAUGAAGUAAGCUCAGGAAGUUCUGAAUUAUCUCCUACAAAACUGAAAUGUAGUCAGCGCUCAGCAGGGCAGCAAGCUAGAGCCUUUGAACUGUAUAACAACAUGAUGGUUCAGCAGCAGAACUUGCAGAGAAGCAAUGUCCCCCAGCAAAAUGGGUAUCAGAGCCUGAUGGAAAACAGUGGUUCCUAUAUUUUGCAGCAGAACACAGGCCUUGGCAACGGAGCCAGUAGUUCUUUCAGCAUGCAGCCCAAUAAGCCUUACAGUGAAAGCAUCAGCAGGCAACCGAUGAUUUCUGGGGCAAUGGACAAUUCCUGUGGCGUGACAGUUCAAGGGCAGAAGCUAAGAAGCAGCAACAUGCCUGCGAGUGGGAACCAGCAAAAUCCUGGUCAUCCCAUCACAUCCAGUGGUCAAGCCACUGAUAUGGCAGAUGGUAUGCAGAACAGGAACAUGAUGGGACAGGAAUAUUUGGAAAACCAACUGAUUGGAGAUGGCAUUCAUUACCAGGGAGUGAAUCAGUCUGGUCCAAUGAUGCUAGGGCAGGUUAGUCCUACCUCACAAAGCAGCCUCUAUCAAGGGCCGCAGAGUUGUCCACCAGUAUUUCAUACCAUUGGUAACCAGUCUUCAGGUUUGUCAGUGGCCAAGAGUUACCAGCCAUGUGCUAAUUACAGUGGCAACAGACGGCAAAAUGUGUUGAGGAACAACCUGACACAACAGCAAGGACAUGUAAGUGAUGACAACCAGACGUGCAGGGUAAACACCAUUAAGAUGGAGAUGCAAGGUCAAUCACAGCAGUUCUGCUCUAAUAUGCAGAAUUACUCUGGUCAGUUAUAUGACCAACCCAUGGGCUUUAGCCACCAAGCUAUGAAAACAGGUUCUUCUUUCUUUGUUUCAGAAGCUAACUGCCUGCUGCAGGAGACUGCUACUGCAAACUCCUCUGAGCUUCUUUCCCCAGGGGCUAACCAAGUAUCAAGCACGGUUGACAGCCUUGACAACAAUAGCCUAGAGGGUGUGCAGAUUGAUUUUGAUGCUAUCAUUGAUGAUGGAGACCAUGUCAGCUUAAUUUCAGGAGCCCUGAGCCCAAGCAUCAUUCAGAAUCUCUCCCGCAAUUCCUCACGCCUCACAACUCCCCGAGCGUCUCUUACAUUCCCAGCUGUGCCUGUAAGCACAACCAACAUGGCUAUUGGGGACAUGAGUUCUUUGUUGACCUCACUUGCAGAAGAAAGCAAGUUUCUUGCUGUUAUGCAAUAGACAUGGGAAAAAAAAAAAAAAAAGAAAAAGAAAAAGAAAAAAAAAAGCCCACUUAGGAGAUAACAGAUGAAAAAAAGACUCAUAUUUUUUAGUUGUGUAUGUAUUUUAGCAGUCUCAUCUCACCUAAAUGGGAUGUGUUUCAAGUAUAUUCCUUUUAUGGAAUAAGGACUCUGAAAACCCUAAAGUGUUCUAGGGAGAAACUGUCUUCCAUUUCAGUUUCGAAUCAGUAUUGCUACACCCAUUCCCUCACCUCUCACCUGCCUCUCUCUCUCUUCCUCCCUUUUUGAGUGUCUAUAUGCUUCCUUUUUCUUCUCUUUUUUUUUUUUUUUUUUUUUUAAAUUGUAAACCAAUGUAAACGUGUGAAGUGCAUGUUUUUGUUUCGUUUUUUUUCUUGAAAGAAAGUUCUGAUGGAACAGCUUAAUUUUCUGUUAUUCAAAAGAAACUUGACUUUGUAAAACUGUUGCAACUAUUUCCCUACACAUAAAGGCACAAAAUAACCAUGCAGGAUAUAAAUCAAGUGUACAGCGAGGAAAUCCUCUCUGGAUGCAUUGAAUACAUCACACUGAGGUGGACAACCAAUUUGAGAAUGCACUGCCACAUAACCCCUAAGCUGAAGUUCCAGACUUAAUGAGCACAAGAAAGGUUCAAGCAAGUAAGAAAUAGAAACCUCCCAGCCCUUUGAUACCUAACAAAUGUUUAAGAUUUUGGUAAAUACACUGAUAGAUGUCACUGCCUUGCAUAAGGAUACAGAGAUUGUAUUAUGUGUGUGUUCCAGAGGAGACAGAGGACAAGAAAGCUUUUCUUAGUAUUAACUCUUGUUUUAUUUGAAGUAUUUAGUAUUCUGUUUUUCAUCUUAUUUAUUUGAAUGACUGGAUAGUGAAAUUAUAUGAAAGUUUGGUGAUUUGGACAGUCUGUAAUCCUUUCUUUGCAUACCACAUUGGUGGAGAGAUGAUCAGGCUCUUAUAAUGGAUUAUUUCAUACAAUGAAAUAAUGACACACCAGUAUUCCAGGCUGGAAACUCUUUUAUUUUCCUUUUUUUUUAUUUUUUCUUACAGUAACUAUUCCUUUGCCAGAAGAAUUGUCUUGCACAUUCCUUUUAACACAUACAGUUUUGUUAGAUGGAUUGUAUGUUUUACAGUAGGUAAAUGCCUGUUGACAUGCCACAUGGUUACAGAUCCAAAAGCAACGUGGUCUUGGCGUGUUAAACCAGUAGCAAACAGACUAGCCAAGUAAAUUAAAGUGAUUACAAGCAACCCAAUAGUCUUAAAUGUUUUUUUCUAGUGUAUCCAAGCUUCACAAAAUUGAAAGAUUGAAGCUGUCAUUUAAAGUAGCAAAGAAACAACCCAAACAGCAAGUUGGUCUGGUAGCCUAUCAAAACAUAAAAAUAUUAACCCAGUCACUGUAAGCUUGGUGACAGCAAUGUGCAUUUCAGCUUGAGGCAGAUCAGUGAGUCAAUGCCUAGGCUCAGUUACACCAGCAAAAAUUGGACCCAUCACACUGUGGGUCAUCUCUAUUAACUCCUGAUAUUAAAAUGCUGUUAAGGAGAUGCGAAUGGUGCCGACACUUACAGUGGUGGGUCUGAUGCUUGUGGGGAACUAACUGAUGUAGAUGUGUGAUGAAGAGAGAUGAUUGGUCCAUUUUGGACUACAAGUACAUUUUAGCCAAAUCAGAAUUAAGAAUAGAACUAGAAGAUGAUACCUAAAGCUCAGAAUGCCAUAGCACAAUUUUUGUUGUUUUUUGUUUGUUUUUUACUGUAGAAAAGGAUGAAAUACCAGCUUGUUCAGGGCAUGGCAUUUGAGGAAUGUGAAGGAAUACAUCCUAGGUGGAGCUUUCUGAUAACAUCAGUCUUUUAUCAGCUGUUACAAGCAGAUGAAGAAGCUGUAAAUCUCAAAGAAAACAUAUGAAUCCUUUGCUGAGGCUGUAUUUGGGCUUAUAACAGAACAUAUUAAAUGUGAGCUGGGAUGUCAGGGAUCAAGACAAAUGUAAAUAAAAAGAUUUCCUCAAUAUCCUACAACUUUUAUCAGCAUCCUGCUCCUGUCUUACUCCUCAUCUUUAGUAAGCAUUUCUUCUCUUGUCUGCAUUACGCACAUGUACUUCCUCCCUAUGUGCUCUUUGCCCGUGGCUAGUUCCCCUCUUGACUUUCCUGCCCAUUAUCAGCUCAGACAGCCCUUCUGUAGUGGUCUCCAGCCUUCAGAAGGAAGUGUGUAGAGCUUAUCAAGUUAGCUGGUUUGGAUUGAGGGAUGCUUCUGCUACACUUCACCUUGCGAUGCAAUUAUAUUAAUAGCUCAUGCUCCUACUGAGAAAGAGCAUUAGGAAAGGCUGUGUGGAUACCAGGUGGAAGUAUUUCAAGUGGUUCAUGGUAACCAGUGGCUGGCUGUUCAAUAAGCCAUCAAUUAUACACUUAUAAAGAGUUUCAACAGGGAGACUUAUGACCAGCCUGGGAAGAGGUGGUUUAGGAGAGAAGCCUUUUAUUAUUGCAGAGUGAAUACAUUAAAAAAAAAAAAAUUAAAAAAAAAAAAAGAAGAAGAAUUUUUUUAAACUCAGCUUUCCAGUUUAUAAUUGUAUUUGUUUGUUCAGUUGAAUCUGGGAAAGAUGUGAUUCAUCAGAGCUUAGGAGAAUCUGUUCACAUUGCUUAAGACUAAAAGGGACAGAGUAUCUGAUUUGCCUUCUUUCCUGGACUUGACAAGCCUUUGUCACUCACUUAGCCAUGUUUCAGGCCAACAUUUUGGCCUAAACCACAUGUUCCAGAAAGUCAUUCAGUUUUGAUUUGGGGAUAACAAAGGAACAGAGACUCCACUAUGUCUCUGGAGAGUUUCUUCAAAUAGUUUAUCAUUUUCACCACUGAAGCAUACGUGCCUCACUUCCUACAUAGACAUAUCACUUCUCAGCUUUUACUAUCCUAUCAUAUUUUCCUUUUUGAUGCUAAAGAACCUGAUCUGUUGACAUCUGUGGAGGUACAUUGUAGCCCAGCUAUCUUCAUUUUUGGUUUUGUUUUGAUGAGGUAGAGUGGGCUCUUAGAACAUGGCACUGUAAGGCUGGACACUAACAGUAAGUUGGUGACCAACUUCUGGAUGUGUGAUAGCUUGGGGAAAAUUCCACCAGCAUCACAAGUUUACUAGCACCCUCCUGGUCUUCCACUCACAGAGUCUAAGCUUGCUUUUGUGUGUAUCAUCAUAGUAUCAUAGUAUCGUGCGGGUUGGAAGGGGAGUGUUCAGUGCAUUUGGCUGUUGGAAGCACACCACUCACCCUAAAGUACUAGAAAAUGCAGGAGUUUUUGUGAUUUUCUCCUGCUGUUUUUUUUAAAGCAUUGCAGUGGUCACAGCCUGAUUUUAAAUCCCCCUUUCUCCUAAUGGCUCUUUGAGGAUCCUCCAGAUCCAUUACUGUUGGCCUUGGGCACAUCUGCCUCGCUCACAUUUGUACAGACUUUUUUACUUUCCACAAAUCUGGAGUCACCUGUGAGAGUUCAUCCUACCAUAAGGUAGCCUGGGUGGAUGAAAGGUAUUUUUGUAGACAAGUCAGUGGGCUUCCAGCAGGGCUUUUGCUGGUAAGUACGAUGGCCUAGUAUGUCCACACAGCAGAUAAUCUUACUCUCUCCUUGGAGAACGGUCCCAGAUGACGCAUGUAUUGAAACCCUGGCUUGCUUGAUUGCUUCCAGUCAUUUCCUCCUUCCCCUCCCUCUCUUGAUGACGUAGCUGGUUAGCUCGCCCACACAUGUUGCACAGUGGCUUGUCCUUCUGAACAACAGUGUUUAUAUUCUCACAAUGUAUGUGCCUUAUUUUGUGUUAUCCAUUAACAGAGAGGGACCAAGAUAUGUUGACAAAUUUUCACAAUGAGGCUGUAUUUGCCUUUCAGCUGAUAGCACAUGCCACUGUUAGUAGUGUCUGAAGUGUCUUGUAAACCUCUGAUAUUCACGUGUUGUUGUCCUCUGAUUGAUAGAAUGUCUCCUACUGAAAAGUUACUGUUGUCAGUCCUACAGAUGUGUAAGAUAAAAGUAUGUUCAUUUUUUAACUUUUUAGUUGUUUUGUUGUUUGUUUGUUUGUUUGUUUUAAAUAAAGCUUGUAAUCCUUUUUUUUUCCCUUUUCUAUUUUUUUUUUUAUUAUUUUUAAUAGUGUAAAUACAUUUACAUACAGUAGGAAUAGUGUUUGGCUGUAACAGGCCUUAGUGGUCUUCAUUUGAUAAACAUGCAGUUAUGAUAUGAUAUUUCUCGAGCCUUAGGUUGAUCUGAAGGGUCUGUAGCACUGUGUACAUAUAAACUGUACUUCUGCUUUCAGAACCACUUAGUUUUUUUGUAACAAAGAUAAAAAUGUUUCUUACAAUGUCAAUAAAAACACAGAAGCCUUUGUACUUAA